CCCUUAGAAUGUUUCGUUCCCACAAUUUGUAAUUUAGUUCAGUCGCUGGCAUCACGCGGAGCGGUCGUGUGUUCCCGAGAAAACCGAACAUAGCGUAAAUUUUUAAUACCCAGCCAAAUCUGAAGGCGUAAAAACCGAAACUUCUUAAUCCCACGUUCCGGUUUUUCCGUAAUUUCGUGCAGUGAUGUGUCAAUAAAUGGAUGUUCAGCACAAAUGUGAACAAUUCGUGGAGAUUUUUUUGUUGUUGUGUUGAAUUUAAUAAGUUUUUUUGAAGUGAACGCGUGCUACGUUCGAGCGGUCGUCGUGAAAAUUAUUUCGACAGAAGCGGCAUGGCAUGAGCGGUGGGGUGGGCGCGACAUGCGGCGCGCGCCGCCCGCGCAACCCGCCGCCGUCGCACUCGCGCUCUCGUUGCUGUUGCGUCUCGUGAACGCCGGAUCAAUGGGCCCCGGAGUGCCUGAGAACAUUACCGUGACGUUCCUGAACCCCACCACGGUGAGGGUUUCCUGGUCCACCACGGCAGACCUCGUGGAGAAAUAUGACGUCACAUACAAGCCUUCCGACGCGAGUUACAGAGUCGUGCUGGAAGUGGCUGGCAACUCGGACGCAGUAAUCCUGAGCGGGUUGGAGGCAGACACGCAGUACCAAGUCACUGUCGCCGCGCUUUGGGGCGGCCAUAAGUACAGAAGUAGACCUAUUGUCUUCCGCACGCUGGAGCCCCCGCGGACGUCUCCGCAGCAGGACGGUGGGCUGGUGGGAGCUACGCCCCGAUCGUCCGUGUCUCCGCCUGAUCCCUCGCCCACGUUUCCCACGAUACGAGGCGUGGAGAUUGGCAUAGUAGUAUUGGUGCUAAUCGUAUGGAUUGGGGCGAUCGCACUGUUCUUCAAUAGAUGGGGAAAGAUCAGAAUGCUGCUGCCAUACCAGCCAGACUAUAAACAGGAACAAUUAAAGGUGCCAGGAAGCAGUGCUUUAGCCGCUGCAGCGGCUGGAGGCACAUGUGGGGCUCAUUCAGCACCAUCUGCGUGUUCGGUAAAUCACAUGCGGUGGUCACACACGCACACACAGAGCUUGGAGUGUGAGGAGCGAUUAUUGGCCCGAUGCAGUCGUCCUCGGGUCAAUUCGGCAAUUUUCGUGUCAGCCGAGCCUGCUGGCGGUUUCCCAGGCUUCGAUGCUGGCGAGUUUCUGAGACGACACGGGUCUCAGUCGAAACUUUGUCGUAAAGCUAGAUCAGCUGACAACAUACCUUUAACAGCAUUAAGUGACUCAUCUGAGAGACUUUGCAAAGGCAAACAUCCGAGAGAGGACACAAUAAACGAAGAAGCCAAAUCUGAUGACAGUAUCAGUGGAAGCGUGGAGACUGUCAAACAUUUCGGUCUACCAAUCCUCUCAGUAUCUGGUCCCUCACCCCCAGACGAAGACUACGACCAGAUAGAUGAGUAUCUGUAGCAUUUCCAUACCAGUUUCCAGCUGAAAUACGUGCUGGAAAAGGUGAGGCCGCCUUGGCCCAGCCCCGCACAAAGUCCCUAAGCUGACGACUAGUUUAGCUUCACUGCACUGGACUACUAUAAACCUUUUCUGUUUGUGAUAGUGUGUGUUUUUGAAUGGCUGGUUCAGACUCUGCGGCGUCACAACGAAUUUCGAAGACUAUCCGCUGAAGUUCUUAUUGUGUGUCUUGAUGAGGGACCAUGGCAUAGCGUGGCGUGUUUCCUUUAAUCCCUAACAUUGAUAUUUUUGUAUCUAAUCUCCUGUGUCUAUUGAGUGUUAAGUAAUCGAUUAGACUUUUAAAUCACUUUGAUAGCGUAAGGACUGCACAAUAACUUUACUAAAUAUACUAAUAUUAUUAACAGUGCCACUUUUAACUUUAUUGGAAGUGUCUAUAACAUUAUUAUAAGCAAUCUUAAUGUAAGUAUUAUCUAAACUAUCUUGUAUAAAAUAAUAAUCUGCAGUGUCUUAGAAUUUUUCAUUUAAUUUAGUUGCUAAUUCACUGUGAGUAUAAUUAUAAUGCAUAUAAGGUUUUGUAUCGCAUGUAGGUAUGGAAAGAUUUUGCAUGUAUUUAGUAUAAUUAUGUAGUGGUAGAAUCUAUGAAAUGAUUUGAAGGUUGAACUUUGGUCCAAUGAAAUGUAUUACCUGCACAUGGUGUGUUAGAAUGUAAGGUUGUAUUGGUAAGGGGAUUCUGUGUGAUGGGAAGUAAUUGUAGAGCUCUGUAAAGUAAUAUAAAAGUGUGUAACAUAGUAUAUCGUAGUCGACUUUGAUACUAUCCUAACCUUCAACUGUGUCCUUUCUUUUACCUAAAACAAAACUAAUAUUUCUCCCUUUAAUACUUUGUAUAUUUUUCUCAAAUUCCUUAAUUUUGAUUUUUUUAUUUCCAUAUCAUGAAAUUGCAAAAUGUUUUGGACAUGUCAAUUAGAUCUCGAUAUAUACUUAAUUAUUAUUUGGUUAACAUUAAUUCGUAAUUUUGUAAAUAAUUAGGUACGUUGAAGGCACUAAUUAUUAUUAAAUAAAAAAAUGGAUAUACUUAGUCUAUAUUUCUAUAAUGUAAUGAAAAACUAUUGGUUUUCUAAAUGUAUGAAUCUGAACUGGUGAUUAGGGACCAGAUGGACAGGACAUGUCACAGUAGGCCUUAAAUCCAAAUCACGGAGUUUUUCCAAAAUCCUAUAUAAAUAAUAUUUUGAAAUUAAUAAUACCUAUUUCAAAGCUAAGACUAUAUUAUUCCCUCCACUAUGUAUAGAUUAUCCUUCAUCAAUUUUUAUAGUAGUGUGGUGCACAUGACUUAGGUGUUACUAUUCCUGGCAUGAACAAUGGCCAGAUUUUCACGUGGUGCGGGUAAAGUCAAAGUCAAAGCUUUUAUUUCAACUAAACCAUAAACAAGUACUUUUGAAACGUCAACAAAUAAAGAAUAUUGUAAGUUUUGUGUAUAGUAAAAAAAGGAGUAUGUAUAUUUUUUUGCCCGAUUAUCAGCCAGCCAAACACAAGUGUGGCUGAACCAUUUUUUCAGCGUAGUAUUUUUCAAGCUUAAGAAAAGGUAAUUGGCAUUAUUAAAAAAAAUAAGGCGAUAAAUAAAUUUGAAGGCGGUUCUCUUUGCUUAUUUCUUUAGUUAAAUGUCAUCUGAGUGGAAAGAAAAAUUGAAGAACAAAAGUAAAUCAUGAAAAUGACCUUAAAUAAUAUAUAAUGAUAAAUAAUGAGAACAUUAUUAUAGAACAUAGUACGCAAAUUACUUGUCCCACCUUAUAAAAUUCUGGCCAUUAUUCGUACCGAGAAUCAACAUGAGUUUAAUUUUAAUUUACUCACCAAACGAUUUCUUUUCAUUUUAAAAUGUAGAUCCACAUCGCGGAACUCCGUUUCAAACGCUUUAGACAUUAGUAAAUAAAAAUUAGAUUCGCCAUUUUGAAAAUAAAUCUUCAUCUCAUAUCUUUAUAGUUAUAAAACCCUUCCGAAAAUCAGUUUCAAUAAUAAAUGUAUUUAAUAGUAAAUAAUAUAGUCGUCAAUUUUAAUCUGAAAUCGUAGAUACACAUGGAUAUUGUACUUUUUGAUUGAUAGAUUUAGUAGAAUAAUUAUUACUAUAGAAAACUGUACAGACCUUAUUCAUGGUUUCUGUAAGAAUCAAUUUGUAGUCUAUAUUAUAAGAAAGAUAGAUAUCUCGUAUUUACAAAACUUUAUCAUAGUAGAUAAUGAAAUACGAAAAAUACUUAGAAUUAAAAAGAUAUUCCUAGUUUAUUAAAAACAUAGUACACUUUAAAUUAAAUAAUAAUGAAAUAUUUUGAAUCGAUUGCUGUUCUAAAAAAUCAUAUCGCAAAUCGAUUUUCGUGUGUAAAUUUAGUGGUGAAAAAAGAACAUUGUUUAUUUGUCAAUUCUGAAUCGUUUUAAAAAACUGUAUUUGAAUUUGAUCUUUUAAUGUUUUUCAUUAAAAUCUGUGUAUGAUCGAAGUUGUCUUGUGCCAAUCUUGAUGUUUCUCUAUUCCUUUAUUCUUUUACAUAUUUAAUUUUUAUUUAAAUAUUUGCUAAAUUUAAAUUUAGAGCAUUAAUUUUUGAAGCCAUUUAUGUUUUUGAUAUCUAUGAUAACUGUCAAAAUAAUCGAUUUAUUCUUUGUCAUUAUUCGGUAUAAAUCGAUUCUAUUCUUUAUUUAUUUUCUCGAUUCGACGAUGUUCUAAAAUUAAUAUAUUUAAAGCUAAAGGUUUAGACGUUACACCAUUAAAGUUAUUUUGUAAUUUUAAAUUAUAGUGUAGCUUUUACAUGAUAUUAGAAUGCAUACCAUAUUUAGAAUUUUAUUAAUUAAAAGUUGUACAUAUCUCUGAACGAUCACUAUUGUUAUAAUUAUAAAUGCUCAUAAUUUUAAUGUACAUUAAAAUGGUCUAUUAAGUAUAUUGUACAAUUACUAUUUACAUCCCUACGUCUAUUUACUAUCACGAUGAAAUAAAAUUUUAAAAAUCUUA